AUGAAGAACGACGACGACGAGUUCUGUCUGUCCAAGACAGCGGAGAACCAGCUGACGCGGUCACUGCGCAAUGAAGAGAGCGGCCGCACGCGCCACACGGGCCGAGACGACCGCGCUACGACGGAGCAAGUGCUGGACCCGCGGACGCGCAUGAUUCUGUACAAGAUGUUGAACCACCGCAUUGUGACGGAGAUCAAUGGCUGCUUGAGCACGGGCAAAGAGGCAAAUGUGUACCACGCACGCCUCCCGGACGGUCGGGAAGGGGCUAUCAAAGUCUACAAGACGUCCAUUCUGGUCUUUAAAGACCGGGAAAAGUACGUCUCGGGCGAGUUCCGCUUUCGUCAUGGCUACUCGAAGAGCAAUCCGCGCAAGAUGGUCAAGUUAUGGGCCGAGAAGGAGAUGCGCAAUUUGCGACGUCUGCGUGAUGCUGGGAUCUACUGUCCAGCGCCUAUUUUGCUGCGCUCUCACGUGCUCCUGAUGGACUUUAUCGGUCGCGAUGGAUGGGCAGCUCCACGUCUGAAAGAUGCUAAGAUCAGUGACAACCGAUACCGAGAGUGUUAUAUCUACUGCAUCAAGAUGAUGCGCACGAUGUAUCAGAAGUGCCGCCUGGUGCACGGAGACUUGAGCGAGUACAACAUUCUGUACUACCAGACAAAGCUCUACUUUAUUGACGUGUCGCAGUCCGUCGAGCACGAGCAUCCGAGCGCCAAUGACUUUCUGCGCAAAGAUUGUCGCAACAUUGCCGACUACUUUCGCAAGACUGGUGCGCUGAAUCCCAUGACGACACAGGAGCUGUUUGACUUUGUCACGGACCCAUGCCUUGCGGAUAAGGACGUGGACGACCGUCUGGAUGAGAUCCAGCGCAUGAUUGCCGAUCGACCUGAGGAACGCACGAAUCAAGAGCAGGUGGAUGAAGCUGUGUUUAUGAGCACGUUUAUUCCUCGCUCACUGGGCGAGGUGCUGCACUCGGAGCGAGAGCAGCUGGCGUACCAGCAAGGAACAAUGGAAAAAGCAUUAGUGACGGCGAUCUCGCGCCUCGAAGUGGAUCAGCAAGUAAGUGUACCCCCUUCAUCUAUGCCAGGCACACGGAUCAUGGACCUUUUGAACGAAGACGAUGACCAAGGGCUUGAUUCUAGCGGCGAUGACAGCGGCGAUGAUGAUGACAAUGAUGAUGACAAUGAUGAUGACGAUAGUGACGAUGGCACGGACGACAGUGAUGGCAACAAGUGUGACAAUGACAGCGAUGCAAACAACAGCGAUGAUGGUGAAAACGAUAGUGACGAAGAAUUGGCGCAGUGUGAAGAGGUCUUGCUAACAGACGACCAGCGAGCCGAGUUUCGGCAGCAAAAACGUGAGGAACGUGAGAAGCAAAAGGAGCUUGAUAAAGUGAACAAGAAGAUACGAAAGCAGGAAACUAAGGAGGAGAAGAAGGUGAAGCGACAGACGAAGAUCCCGAAGCAUGUCAAGAAGCGCCACAAGAAACUAUCUCACCAGAAGAACAAAAAGUAA